AUGGGUGUAUAUUGUGCCUCACUUAAGGCUGCAAUUGAUCAAUUAUUCUCAACGCAUAGUUUAAGCAUAUCUAAUUUGAGAGGUCAGGGAUAUGAUGGAGCUAGUAACAUGCGAUGUGAGUAUAAUGGCCUCAAAGCACUUAUUUUGAAAGAAAAUCCAAGUGCUUACCAUAUUCAUUGCUUUGCUCAUCAACUUCAACUAGCUCUUAUAGCUGUGGCACAGAAACAUCCGAAGAUUGAAACUUUCUUCACUACAGUACAUAGAUUGGUGAAUAUUGUUGGAGGAUCAACUAAACGGAGUGAUCUUAUUCGAGAGAACCAAACAUUGAAAAUUCUUGAAUCACUCAGUAUUGGUGAAAUAUCAAGCGGACGGGGUCUCAAUCAAGAAAUUACUAUUCAGCGUCCUAGUGAUACACGUUGGGGCUCUCACUAUAGUUGUUUAAUUAACUUGAUUGCCAUGUUUUCAACUAUAGUCGACGUCAUUAAGAUAAUUGCUACUGAUUUUACAAGUACCAGAACAAGAGGUCGUUCACGGCUUGAGAUAGUGACAAAUUUGCAUCAUUUUCAUGUAGAAAUGUUUUAUGCCGUCAUUGAUAUGCAACUUCAAGAGUUGAAUGAUCAUUUUUCUGAAGUAAAUAGUGACUUGCUUAUUUGUGUUGCGUGUUUAUCUCCAAAUAAUUCAUUUGCUGCUUUUGACAAGAUCAAAUUGAUUCGACUAUGUCAGUAUUAUCCAUUAGAUUUUGAUGCAGUAGAUAUCCUAGAACUUAAUGAUCAACUAGAUACGUAUAUUCUUUAUAUGUGCACUUCUGAAGACUUUGAAGAAUUACAAGACAUUAGCGAUCUUGCACAGAAGUUGGUUGUGAAGAAUAAACAUGAAGUGUAUCCAUUAGUCUACAAACUUGUGACACUAACCUCGGUUCUUCUCGUGACUACUGCUACAGUCGAGAGAGCAUUUUCUACGAUGACUUACGUCAAAAAAUUGUCUGCGCAAUCGAAUUGGAGAUCAAUGGCCAAAUUACUGUUUCCAUUUUCUGACAUGCCCAUUUGCAUGAAGGUUAUUCUUUGCAGUCAGUUAAGGAAGCAUUCAUUAUUUAUAGGUCUAAUAGAAUUUCUUGAGGAAAAGAGGACUAUAGUCCUCCCCAAAGCCCGUUAUGAGUGGAUGUAUCUUUGUUUGCAAGACUUUAAAACGGUUACAAAUGGGACUACAUUGUCUGAAGCAAAUAUAAUAUCAAGAAAAGGACGUGGAUGCGAAUGUGGACGUGGACGUGGGCACGGAUUUGGAUGUGGACACGGAAGUAUUCAUGAUGGAUAG